AUGGAGGCACUGCAGUGGAUUCUCUCAGCUGGGACCAGUUUCUUCGAAGGGAUCCAUCUGAGCAACGACCUAGACCGCCUCCGAGCCACCUUGCCCAAGGCUCGCAUGCUCAUCUAUCGCAGCGAGUGGGGCAUGUUCAAGGACAAGCAGCUCGCGAAGCUUCUCUCGCAUCUCAAGGACACCACCUACGAUGCAGAGGAUAGAGGACACUAA